GUAAAAAUUGGAUUAACCUCGCCACGAGAAAUUCAAGAAUGGGGUGAACGUUCAUUACUUGAUGGUACUAUUGUUGGAGAGGUUAGUAGUUGGGAAACAGUUAAUUACAAAACAUUAAAACCCGAAAUGGGAGGGUUGUUUUGUCAGAAAAUAUUUGGCCCUAUAAAAGACUACACUUGUGCUUGUGAUAAAAAAGUUAAAAUUCCACAAGUUAAAAUUUGUAAUAUUUGCGGCGUGGAGCGUACUUUAUCUAGAGUACGCCGUUAUAGAUUUGGACAUAUAAAAUUAAAACAAUCGGUAGUACAUCCUUUAUAUGCUUCAUACAAGCCCUCGCCAUUGGGGGCUUGUAUGAAUUGGUCAAAUAAACGAUUGCAAAGUAUUAUAUUUGCUACAGAAUUUUGUCAUUUAUCACCACAUUUUUUAAAUUUUUCAUCUUGGUUUAAUAUAUUAACAACCUUAAAAAAAAAUCCUCAGAAAAGCGACCAUCAUUUAAAAUUAAAUGUAACGUCUGAUAAUAAAUCAAAUUUAGCGUCUUCUUCACCGAAAUUAUUUCGUGAAUUACGUUCUACUAAAUUUAACAAUACUCUAAAAAAUUCCUUGUUGAAAAGAAGUGGUAGUGUUAUUGAAAAAAUAUUAGCGCAUUACAAUCCAAUAAACUUAAAAAGACAACUUGAGUUUGAAUAUGAAAAAAUAAACAAUGUGCUUAAUUUAAUAAAAAUUCAAAUGAAUUAUUAUUUAAGUAUCAAUUAUGAAAAAGAACACAGUGAUCUUCGAAAAAAAUGGAAUCGUUUAAAACAAUUCCGAAAAAAAUAUUUAAGAAGAUUAGGUUAUUUUCGAAAAAUUUAUUUAUAUAAUAUGCAACCAGCCUGGAUGGUACUUAGUUGCUUACCAGUACUACCACCUGACUUACGCCCAGUUACAAAAUUAGGUGGACAAAUUUUUAUUUCUGAUAUUAAUAGCCUUUAUCGCAAAGUUUUAACACGGAACAAACGAAUUCCGCAUAAAAUGCAAUUUACUGUAUUUGAUCCUGCUUUAAGUAGUAGUUGGAAUUUAUGGUGUUUUAAUUUACGUUUACUCCAAGAAGCUGUAGAUAGUUUAUUACAAACCGGAAAUGUUGAUUCAAACCAAAAUGAAUUUUCAAGUUUUUCAAAACAAGGAAAAAACACAAAAGCCCUUAUAGACUCCCUAAAAGGAAAAAAAGGACGUUUUCGUCAGCAUUUAUUAGGAAAACGUGUCGAUUAUUCUGGUCGUUCUGUUAUUGUUGUUGGCCCGGAAUUAAAAAUUUAUGAGUGCGGUUUACCAUUAGAAAUGGCAAUUGAAUUAUUUCAACCUUAUAUUAUCCAAAAUUUAAAAAGCAACAAUAUUACAAUUACAACAACUUCAGCUAAAACUUUUAUUGACGAACAUCGCCCAAAAAUUUGGAAUAUAUUAAAAAAAAUAAUGAAAGGACUCCCUAUACUUUUAAAUAGAGCUCCUACAUUACAUCGUUUAGGGAUUCAAGCUUUUUUCCCGAAAUUAAUUAAUGGGAAAGCUAUUUUAUUACAUCCACUUGUUUGUCCUGCAUUUAAUGCGGAUUUUGAUGGAGAUCAAAUGGCAGUUCAUAUACCAUUGUCGACAUUAGCACGUACAGAAGCACUUAAUUUGAUCUGGGCAAGAAACAAUCUUUUAGCACCAUCAUCUGGUCAACCUUUGCUUUUACCUGCUCAAGAUAUGGUAUUGGGAUGUUACUAUUUAACAUCUUCGGCUUCACUAACAAAUUCAAAUUUAAAUUUAAAUAAAAAUUCUAAAAACUUAUAUUUAUUGAAUAAUUUUGAAGUAUUUAAAAAACAACUUGCACAAAUAACUAAAUAUCAUUUUUAUAAUUUUCAAGAUGUUUAUCAAGCAUUUGAAAAAGGCAGUUUAAGUAUGCAUACACCUAUAUGGUUAAAUUGGUCUCAACCUUUUCAAAACUUAAUAUUACAAAAUGAAGCUCAAGCUUCUGAAUUAGUUUUAGAACACCAGAUUGAUUUUUUUGGAAAUACAACUUUAGUUCGAGAGAAUAGGUAUAAAUCAACAACCACUACAACUUCAACUUAUCUCUAUAUUCGAACAACACCGGGUCGUCUU